AUGUCUGCAAAGGCUGCUCUGAAGGCUGUCAAAUCAGCCUUGGACUCCAAAGAUUUUGAGCUUGCAGCUUCUAAGGCAAAGGAUCUGGUCGAUCAGGAUUCCACAAACUAUCAUGCACAUAUCUUUCUAGGGCUCGCACAAGAUAAACUAGGCAAGCCAGAUGCAGCAGAAUCAUCAUACCUCGCCGCUUCCCGUAUUAAAGAGAAUGACAAGACAGCAUGGCAAGGACUUAUCACCUUGUACGAGAAACAAGGGUCCAAAAAGGUGGACGCCUAUCGUGAUGUUGUUCUGAAGUUGGGGCAUAUCCUAGCAGAGAAUGGCGAACGCGAUCGGUGUGUCGAUGUCGUGGACAAGUUUAUCAAGUUCAACCGACAGCACGGAAAUCGUACGCAACAGAAACAAGCUCUACAUAUUCAACUGCCGACAUGCCCCCUCUAUCCUGCACUGGAAGGGAGGGUUCCACAUCCUGCAGACACCUACUCAAGGCUGAUAGAGCUUACCGAAGCUGAGGAAAAAGAAUUCAUAAAUCGUGAGAUCGGCGAAAGACGCACACGUCUCGGCGCAAAAAUUGAUCAGGUCACUACGGAGGUCAAGUGCGAGGCUCUCAGCAACCCAGAACUCGAGCAAUACUAUAGAGGCCUUAUAGACUGGACAAACGACGAUGGGAUUAGACAUCAAACCGAGGAGCGACUUCUACAGCGAGCAUACGACUUCCUGCUAGUUCUUCCGCACGAUCAGAAAUUUGGAAAACUUGACGAGGUAAUCCAUCUGGCACGGGAUAUGGUCAUUAUCAAGCAUACCUUCCUUCUCGCGUGGAAAAUUGAGCUUGAAUGGAAAGAUGUUGAAGAUUUCUCGGAGUGGGAUCCUGUUCUUCUUCGCGACUUCGCAGAGUUUUUCCCAGAAGAUGGUCUCAGUAAGGUUAUUCAGGGCUUCCUGAAGGGAGAAUUAUCGCCUUUCCCCACGGAAACAGAGUUACGAGAAUCCGCUGAAGCUGAAUCAAAUGAUGUAAAAGCAGAGAUUGCAGAAUUAGCAGUGGAAGACAGAUUGAUAUUGAUGUCCAACGGUCUCGAGCAAUCAGCGGACUCCAUAAUAGCGCAUCGCGUUAUGGCUCAGCUUUACUUGAAUUUGGAAGAAUUUGCAAGCGCGGUCGAGGUUGCGCGUAAGGGCAUAUCAAUCCUUAAAGACGUCACCAGGAAAACGGGUUUGAGCCUUCAACAAACUACCGACUACGUCAAUAUUACUUUAGCUACUGCAUUAAUUUCAUAUCAGUCUCCUCGCAAUCACCCCGAGGCAAAAAGCAUCUUCGAAAGUAUCUUGAAGCGAAAACCCAAGAAUACGAAAUGUCUACUGGGGAUCGGUUUGAUUCUAGAAGAAGAUCACGAUUACGAAGAAGCAUACAAUUUCUUGCAGCGAGCUCGUGAACGUGAUCCAUCCAAUAUAAAAAUUCGGUCAGAGUUGGCUUGGUGUACAGCACUCAACGGAAACCUCCAAGAUGGAUUGGAGAUGUUGCAAGAUGUCCUUUCGGAAAUCAAGAAUGACGAAUCACAAACUGGAGAGUUCAGGGCCGAGAUACUUUAUCGUAUUGGCCAUUGCCAGUGGGAGAUAGAUCCAUCUAGUGCUGCUCGAAAGAAUCGCAAUGGAGCAUAUGCCAGUUUUUUAGCUUCAAUUCAAGCCGACCUGAAUUAUGCACCAGCGUAUACUAUGCUGGGGAUAUACUACUCCGACUACAAGAAAGAUAAAGCCCGAGCAAAGCGAUGUUUCCACAAGGCAUUCGAGCUGUCGUCGUCUGAGAUUGAAGCUGCGGAACGACUAGCAAAAGCUUUUGCUAAUAAGCAAGAGUGGAAUCUUGUUGAAGCAGUUGCCCAACGAGUGGUCGACUCUGGGAAAGCAAAGCCUGCUCCGGGGUCGAAACGCAAGGGUCACAGUUGGCCUUAUGCAGCGCUAGGUGUGGUGCAACUGAAUAAACAGCAGUACACUAAAAGCAUUGUGUCCUACCAGGCAGCUCUGCGGAUAUCACCGGGAGACUAUCAUUCCUGGGUUGGGCUUGGAGAAAGCUACCACAACUCGGGCAGGUACAUUGCUGCUACGAAAGCAUAUGAGCACGCGGAAGCGUCAGAGUCGACUCUCUCCAAGAGCGACGGUGACAACGUCUGGUUCUCGAAAUACAUGCUAGCUAAUGUCAAGAGGGAAUUGGGAGAGUACGAAGAUGCAAUUUCCAGAUACGAGGAUGUACUCGCCAUUCGUUCCAACGAGUUUGGAGUGAUGAUUGCGCUUCUCCAGACGUUGACUGAAAGUUCAUAUAAGAAUCUCGAGACUGGCCUGUUCAACGAUGCUGCCAAGUCCGCACGUAGAGCUUUGAAGAUCGCUACUGCAAUGGCGAAGGAGACACCGAAUGUAUUCAAUAUGUGGAGAGCAGCCGGUGAUGCGUGUGCCGUUUUCUCCUACGUAAAGGCGAAAUCAUGGCAUGUUUCUGCAUCUCUAUUAAAGUCUCUCUUGACCAUUGAUGCCCCGAAUGACGCGUACGACAUUCUGGCCGAUACAGAUGAUGUAGGAAGCAAGCAUGCAUUAUUCAGUGACUCGGAAGAAGGUUUACCUCCCCUGUCUGAUCUCUGCAUUUACGCGUCCAUCCUGGCGUACAAAAGAGCUGUGUAUGUCUCCGCAAACGACGUUCAUGGCCAAGCCGUUUCUUGGUAUAACCUCGGAUGGGCCGAAUACAGAGCCUACAGAUGUAUUGAAGGUGAAACAAUCGCAAAGAAGGACAAGCGAUUUACGAAGAAAUUCCUCAAGGCAGCUAUUCGAUGCUUCAAACAAGCUAUUGAGCUCGAGGCAGGUAAUUCCGAAUUCUGGAAUUCCUUAGGAGUUGUGACGGCUUCACUCAGUCCGAAAGUCGCUCAGCAUGCUUUCGUUCGCAGUUUGCAUCUUAAUGACCGCAGUGCGCAGAAUUGGACGAACAUUGGUGUUUUCUAUCUGAUUCACAAUGAUCUCCAGCUAGCAAAUGAAGCAUUUACUCGAGGGCAAUCUGCUGAUCCUGACUAUGCGCCGGCUUGGCUUGGUCAAGGUAUUGUGGCGCUGCUCUUCGGAGAUCCAUCAGAAGCGCGAGCUCUAUUCAGACAUGCAUUUGACAUAUCCACAUCGUCUUCGACAUUGACUAAGAAACAAUAUACUCUCAGCCUGUUCGACCGUCUAUUGGAAGAUGCUUCAAUUUCAAACGAAUUGUCACAACUGAUUCAGCCUUACUUCGCCCUUCAACAAUUACACUUCCAAGAGCCAUCUUCUCUAUCGUUCGAGCAUCUCUCAGCAUUGUUCGCUGAAAGAAUUGGCGAGUAUGGGCAAGCUGAGUCCGCCCUCGGUAUUGUUUGCACUGGAGUAGAAGCUGAAUAUGAAGUGUCUGAGUCAUCAUCGUCCCUGAUACGCUUUGCACUGGCCAAUGCGGAUAUUGCUCGUGUACAUCUUGCCAAUCAUGAAUAUGAACAAGCCGUCGAAAAGGCUGAAUUAGCAUUGACCCUAUCUGGAGACGAUAAUCUAUCUACCCCUGAUCCAGGCAUGGUGACGAGCCUUCGCUUGUCAUCACACCUUACUGCCGGUUUGGCAUAUUAUUACUUGAAAUCAAUGGACCAGGCUAUCGAUAUGUUCCGUGAUGCACUUCAUGAAGCAGAGAACGAUCCCGAUGUGGUAUGCCUUCUUGCACAAGUGCUAUGGGCAAAGGGCGGGGAAGAAGAGCGGAAUGUAGCCCGUGAACAAUUAUUUGAUUGUGUCGAAAAGAAUCCGGACCACAACGGUGCUGUCACUCUUUUGGGGGCUAUUGCACUUCUAGACGGUGACGAAGAUGCCAUUGAAGCGGUUCACGCAGAUCUCGAGACUAUGAGAACAAGAGACGAUAUUGAAAUCCACGACCGGACACGAGUGGUCAAACUCCUAUCAGCAAUUUCUGCCAUGGGCUUAAGCGGAGACAGCGACAUGCCAGAGGCAGAGCGAAAAGUUGUGGAAGCAAACAGAGCUGUCAUGCUAGCUCCUGGGUUACCUCAAGGCUGGAUGGAGCUUACUGCCGCGACAGGAGAAGUACAUCCAGCGACGAUAGCAGUAAAGACUGCUCUUCGAAAUGUUCCUCCCAACGGUGGGUUGGAUGCAGUGGACUUGUGUAAGGCGUAUGUGCAAACAGGUACCAUUGGAGACUCAUUGCGAGCCAUCAUGGUGGCUCCAUGGAAAAUGGAUGGAUGGGAUGGUCUGAGUGAGAACUUUUCAGACAUUGCAUGA